GGCCUGCAGCGCCAGCGCAGCGCCUCUCUGCUACUGUGCUGGCUGACGCCGGUGGGGUGUGAGCGAACUGCGAGCUGCUGCCACCCCUGCUGCCGCGGUCGACCGCCGGCCCCGGACCGAGAUGGACGCUCGGUGGGCGGUGCUGCUCGCGCUGCUGGUCGCCAGCGGCGGCGUCCGUGUCUGCGCCGCCGCUGGGGCCAAGGGCGCCAACUGGCUGGGCGGGCUGAGCCGCGCGUCGUUCCCCAAGGGGUUCGUGUUCGGGACGGCGACGUCGGCGUACCAGGUCGAGGGCGCCGCGUCCACCAACGGCCGGGGCCCCUCCAUCUGGGAUUCAUUCGCGCACGUCCCAGGAAAUAUUGCAGGGAAUCAAAAUGGAGACGUUGCAGUGGAUCAAUACCAUCGCUACAAGGAAGACGUCGAUCUCAUGAAAAGUUUGAACUUUGAUGCCUACCGGUUCUCAAUCUCAUGGUCCAGGAUCUUCCCGGAUGGCGAAGGGAAAGUCAAUCCAGAAGGUGUAGCGUAUUACAAUAAUUUGAUAAACUAUCUGCUUCAGCAAGGCAUGACUCCUUACAUCAACCUUUACCACUAUGAUCUUCCUCUUGCGCUUGAGAAGAAAUAUGGAGGGUGGUUAAGCGCGAAGAUGGCGGACUUGUUUACAGACUAUGCUGACUUCUGUUUUAAGACCUACGGCGAUCGCGUAAAGCACUGGUUUACAUUCAAUGAGCCAAGGAUAGUAGCGCUACUUGGCUAUGACACAGGGUCAAAUCCUCCUCAAAGGUGCACCAGAUGCGCUGCUGGUGGGAAUUCAGCAACCGAACCUUACAUAGUUGCUCAUAAUUUUCUCUUGGCACAUGCUACUGCAGUUGCAAGAUACCGUACGAAAUAUCAGGCUGCUCAGAAGGGUAAGGUCGGAAUAGUCCUGGACUUCAACUGGUACGAGGCUCUUACAAACUCACCUGAUGACCAAGCAGCAGCCCAAAGAGCCAGGGACUUCCACAUUGGCUGGUUUGUUGAUCCAUUGAUAAACGGACACUAUCCACAGAUAAUGCAAGAUCUCGUGAAGGAGAGGCUGCCCAGGUUCACUCCUGAGCAGGCUAAACUGGUGAAGGGCUCGGCAGACUACAUCGGUAUCAACGAGUACACAUCCAGCUACAUGAAGGGGCAGAAGCUGGUCCAGCUGGCGCCCAGUAGCUACUCUGCCGAUUGGCAGGUUCAAUAUGUUUUUGCACGCAAUGGCAAACCGAUUGGACCACAGGCGAAUUCUAAGUGGCUCUACAUCGCCCCGACGGGGAUGUACGGGUGCGUGAACUACCUCAAGGAGAAGUAUGGGAAUCCAACGAUCUACAUAACGGAGAACGGAAUGGACCAGCCUGGAAACUUGACCCGAGACCAGUACCUGCGCGACGCCACGAGGGUGCGGUUCUACAGGAGCUACAUCGGCCAGCUGAAGAAGGCCAUAGACCAGGGAGCGAACGUGGCUGGCUACUUCGCCUGGUCUCUCCUCGACAACUUCGAGUGGCUGGCAGGGUACUCGUCCAAGUUCGGCAUCGUCUACGUGGACUUCAACACGCUCGAACGCCACCCGAAGGCGUCGGCCUACUGGUUCAGGGACAUGCUUCAGAAGCAUUGAGAUCUCCAGAGCCGAGCCUGAGCACGGAAGGUACCAUUUUGUUCAGCUUCGCCUAGUGUUUGGGAUGGCCCAAUGGUUCAAAUCCGGCUCAGUGCCUGGCUACCAAAAUGGGAACAAAGGACAGCUACCCCGAUCAAUUGUGAUGUUGUGUGUUUGUGGGUAUGUUCUCUCUGGAGUUUGAGCUGUGGUUAUUUUAUCGUGUUGGUUGAUCGUGUUUGAAAUGCUUAAUUCAGGACUGUGACAUCUCGAGUUGUUUUAACU